AUGCUCAAUGAUGACGAAAAUCUUAGUGGAGAUGAGUUAGUUUCUCUUGUUUGCUCUAAAUCACUUGACAUUCAAGAUCUAAUUCAGAAGCAUGAUCCAUCAGCAGUUCAAGAAUUUCAAAUUUUUUAUGAUCAAGCAAUAAAAGCGCUCGAUUUACAAACAGCAAAUUUAUCAUCAUUAGAGAAAGAAUCAAUUACUUAUCAUGAUUCAUAUAAUAACUCAGCGAAAAGUCUAAAAUCACUAAAAGAUAAAGUUAAAUCAUUAAACCAAGAAAAAAUGCAGCUAAAUGAUACGAUAGAUAUCUUAACUUACGAAAAUAAUAUACUUGAAGAACAAUGCAAAGGUUUAUUCGAUAAAGAAGAUUCAACUGAUUAUGAAUCACUUAUUAAGUCAGCACAGAACAUGAUAGAUGAGCUAGAACAGAAAGAUAAAGAACUUGAUGAAGAGCUAGCCAUAGAAAACAAUAAAAAUACGAAUGAUUUAGCAAAAGAAAUACCAAAUCUUAAAAAACAGAUAGAGGACUUAGAGGAUGGCCUCGCUGUAAAAAUGAAGAAGAAUCAAAGGCGUGCAAAAGAAAUUGAAGUCAGAAUUAAAAAAUUUGAUUCACAAAAUAAUACAGAUCAGAAACAAGAAACUGUAGAUGACUCAGAUGAAGAGAACGAUGGGCCUUCAACAAUUAUUCAUAGAACUUCGGCUUCAAUUCAAGAACAAAUAAGAGAUGUCAGAGCUAGUUUAGAAAGAGCACUUAAGCAAAAUGGAGCUCUUAAGACAAAUCUUAAAGAUCUUUUAACAGAUUUGGAUGCAAUGCAUGAAGAAAAUUUCCAAUUGAAAGGCCUUGUUGAUAAAGUACAAAAAAGAGGAAAACAAUGA